CCGUAGGUACCGUAGGUACAAUACCGUAGGUACCGUGUACGGUACCUAGGUAUGUCUAGCGUGCGUUGGCCGCUUACUCUCACUACACCGCACAAAUUGAAAGCAAGCUGAAUUUUAAAUCUCUCGAGAACAUUAGACGAAGUCGAUGAUCUGCUUAUCGUGAUAUUCGCAAUGGUUAUGGCGAGACCGAAUAUUCGUUUGGCAAGGCUACGUGCGAGACGGAAACAAGCUGUGUGGAGUCCCGCACUUACAUCAGCUGUUCCCGCAACUCAUUCUGCAACAUUUUCAAAAUCCAACAAAAUUGCAGCUUACCUUGCCUCGAAAAUCACAUCUACUCUUACUGUGAGAUCAAUUGUAUAUUUUUAUUUAGUGGCAACUGCAUAUACGCAGGCCAUUUUCACUGCCCUUGUGUCUAUACCCAACUACAGAUCGAGUGGAAUCAUCACUUAUGCCCAUGAAAAUGUGACUAGUGAUGAGCAAAGGUUAGUAUCUUGGAUACGUCACAUCAACCUCAAAGGGGCUCUCAGGCUAUUAUCACACGCCAAGCUGAAGGAACGUCAGUGGCACUGCGGUCAGAUUGUGGUUAAUUUUGCGGAAAUUUCAUCAGUGAUCACAAAUUCGCUAACCAAUUCGUGGUCCGCGUGCGAUUAUGCUACAUUUGGUGGCAGGGUGCAUGUGGCUCCAGCUCGCUUGCUGAUGUUAUCGGGUGUUUAUUCUGACAGACUCUCAACCAUUCAUAGAACAAGUCAAUACGAAAUGGUUGGCAGGACAACGCAGGAUAUGGCCCGAGUUCCAAAAUUUGCCGCCUUGACAGAAGUCCUUUCAACUGGUAGCCCACGUCCGAUAGAAUUUUACGAACAAAUCAUAGAACACGCAGGGCAGUUACUGGGCCAAAUGAAACCCACGUUGGCUCCCGAUUUGCAUGAUAAUAAUGAUAAGCUGAUUUUUGCUAUUCAAAGGCAAAUUUUCUUCGCCACUUAUUACAGGCUUGCCAAUUUGGGAAGAAUAAUGCCUCUACAAAUGGCUAAAAGAAACACACUUCGAAUAUCAGUUUUUGCAAGGGACAUGCAAGAGAUCCAAUAUGGCCCUGCAGGCAAAAAGAUUAUAUAUUUUGUGCCAGAUGUUGCGCAGUCAGACGUAGCAAAAACUGAUCCCACAUCGACCAAAGAUCGCUUUCACAGAGCUCAUCGUUGCGCUUUCAACAACAAAAGAGGAGCAUUUCCAUCACAACAAUGCCCAAUUGUCUUGUCUGAUGAACACAAGCGGAAACAAGUUGCCCCUUUGAAUCAGUUGCUUAGUGUCAUGGGGGACCUUGGUGCGCUGUGCAUAGUAGCUGCGCGUUCACAGUAUACAUGCAAACAGCUGAAAAUUUUCACCACAGCAUGCGGUGUAUAUGCAACCUCAUCUGAAUCCGUGAGACUUGAUGCCCAAAACAGCCGUGACCAUACUUGGGCCUACAACUUAGUGAAAGAUGUGCAGGAUAUUCAAUAUCCUAAUUUCAAACUUUCUGCACAAUUUAUCUGCACAUCUACUAGCAUUAGACGCCUCCAGAAAGAUGCUUCUGUUCCUGCCAUUUAUGAUCACUCACUAGCACGACGUGCAUCCAUGCAAAUGUACACAACCACUCGAGAAGAUAUUAGACACUAUAACCCCCAUUUAGCCUUAUUUGGGCAUCAAAGAGACGCCGGUGACCAAUUGCCUAUGGGGGGGGGAACCCAAAACGUUCACCAAGGCUCACAUCUGCCAGUGUACAAGGAUAAGGAAAGUAACUCAUCCAUCACAAAGCCAAUUCUUCUGAUUGAAGAUAUUUCUCUUCGUUGGAACGUCCAUGCCAACAUGGCCAGGAGCAUAUUGCGUGAACUCAGAAUGGCAGAACUCUCGAUUAGACCCAUUGAUCACAUUGCCGUGAGCUUAUUGAGCACAUCUAGUAAGCUUGCAAUGACACUACAUGUAAGAUCAAGGAAAAGUGUAUUUCAACGCUAUGAUUACAUUGAGGCUGCAGAAGGGAAACUGUGUGCAUUGCGCGUUUGCCAGUCUCAAAUAACCGCACUCAAAGUUCAUCCGCAUAUUUAUAGCUGGAGCGCCAAGGAUAAGGAAAGAAUUGGACUAAUUUCGCAAGGAGCACAUAACCUUAACGCUCUUGAUACAAUCAGAUUGUUUUUCAGGGAGUACCUUGCGCGCAAGCACAAACCAACACGGCAGCAGCUGUUGGGUCAGACUAUACAUGAACCAUCUAGCACAGAAUUGCAUGACUUAGCAACCAGGUCAGUACCCAUCAGCUCAAGUUAUACAGCUCGCUAUUAUUAUCAAAAUGAAGUAUGUAAAAGACUUAGCCCCACAUGCAGGAUUCAGGGAGCACUCGGUUUGAUCUUACAGCCUCAAUCUGUUUGCACCUCACACGACCGCAAAGUAAUUGUCUCCACAAAGAAAAAAUUGAGCUCAGCGCUUUCACAAUAUAUGGUAGACACAUUUGCCAGCCUGUUACUUCAUCGGCUAUUCCCCGAGAACAUCAAGAUUGUCCACGACUUUACGGUCGAGUGUGGAACUCAUAGGCCAUGCGAUUGGUGAAAAUUACAAGAAUUGCAAACCGGGAAGGGAAUUUGUUAGCGUUAGGUUUUUGCCAUAGUGCGGAAGACGACGCUCGACAGAGGUGCGACAGCGCGGCACUCCCACUGCGAGCGCUCCAAUAAAAGGACCCAGUUUGAGGCCAUGCAGGGCUACCCGGGGCAGAUGCCGGGCCAAAUGCCCGGCUAGGGCCAGAUGCAGAUGCCCGGCCAGCUGAACCAGGCCGCGAACCAACACCGGCCGCCGACGGACGCGGCGACACGCGGUCGUCGAUCUCGGCGCUCGACGUGCUCUCGCGGCCAGCGCCGCCCGCGGGCGCCGGCAUGCCCGGCUACGGCAUGGCCGGGCAGAUGCCCGGGAUGAUGCCCCGGGGCAGAUGCCCGGCACCGGCCAUGCCGGGCGCGAUGCCGGGUGCGAUGCCCGGCGCCAUGCCCGGCGCCAUGCCCGGCGCGCCGCCGCCGCGGCUGAGCCCCCCGAGCCGGCCGGCCCGCCGCCGUUGCAGCCGC